ACUUCACCCCAAAAGCAAAUCAGUUCAAGUUGAAAUAUGAAACCAAUAACUCUUUUGGCCAGCGUUUGUGUCUUUGCUGCCGCCAUCAGUGGUGUCUGGUCGGCUCCCCAAGCCCGUAUUGUGGGUGGAGAUGAUGCCGUGCCCGGUCAACUUCCCUAUCAGGCCGCUUUAGCUGUUGGAGGUUCCUUCAACUGUGGAGCAGUUAUUUUGAGCGAACUCUAUGCCUUGACUUCAUUGCAUUGUGUGUGUUCGGCCGGUAGCGAUAAGCCUUGGCCACCACAAUUGUUCACUGUCAGAGCCGGCACCACCGACAUUUAUUCCGGUGGCGUUAGCAUCGUUGUCGAAGAGAUCACCGUCAAUCCCAACUACCAUGACCUCUCCACCGGCAUUGCCCUGUUGAAGUUGAGAAGUCCUUUCACAUUCAACGAAUACAUUCAACCUAUUCCAUUGGCCCAAUCAAAUCCUCCCCUAGAAGCUGAGGUGGAAAUUUCCGGUUGGGGCCGCACCAAGGAAGGCCAAACUGACAUGUACCGCUAUUUGCAACUGAACGAAGCCACCGUCAUUGAUCCCGCCGAGUGUGCUCGCGAUUUGGGUCGUGAGGAUCCCGAUAUUCUCUGCAUGAGUCAUCCCCGUAAAAAUGGUAUCUGCCGUGGUGACUUUGGCGGUCCAGCUGUUUACAAUGGCCAAGUUGUGGGUAUUGCUUCCGCUGUAAUUGGUGAAUGUGGCAGCUAUUUGCCUGAUGUCUUCACCAGCGUUGCCGCUCACUAUCAAUGGAUCCAGAACACCAUGCAAGCGUAAUUUUUUUUUAUCAGAAAAUAAAGAAAAAAAUCCGGAAGACCUUUUAAGAAAAUUGAAAAA